ACAUUGUCAAAAAACUUUUUUAAAUUGACAAGUUUCUUACUUUCGUUGACUAUCACUUGUAUACUACAACUUUCCUGUCUUUCAUGAACGUGAAAUUAAAAGAUAAAUAGACUUAUACAGUUUGCUAUUUACUUAAAGCCACAUACAACAUGAAGGUAAAAAAUGUGCACUCGCGAAACGCCACCGUGUAAAUGUCAAAAUUAGUCGAUUUUAGGUAAAUUUAUUUUAAAAUGCCACAAAAAAUGGAAAACGGUAACAUGGAACUACCAGAUAUUACAGAAGUUCUGGAAGAGACAAAACAGAUAAUACAAAAAUGUUUCACACAGUUCCAAUUAGACGAAGUAUUUUUUUCUUUUAACGGUGGCAAAGAUUGCACUGUGUUACUAGAUGUGACAAUCGAUGUAUUAAAAAGUAUGUAUAAGAGAGAAGAUGUAGGAAAAGAUCUGAAAGUAUUGUAUAUUAGGACGAAAGGACCGUUUAAAGAAAUAGAGAAAUUCGUAAAAGAAAUAGAAAGUCAUUAUCAAAUUAAACUCAUAGUAGCUGAAGGGGACAUGAAAAAAGUACUUCAGAGAAUAACAGAAAGUGAUACAAAUUUAAAAGCGUGUCUAAUGGGUACAAGACGGACGGAUCCGUAUAGUGAACAUUUAAAAUUUAUGCAGCAAACAGAUGGAGACUGGCCGCAAUUCCUGCGAGUGUCGCCCCUCUUGGAUUGGACGUACCAUCAAAUAUGGAGUUAUAUACUACAGCGACAUGUGCCCUACUGUAGCCUUUAUGAUAAAGGCUACACGUCGAUAGGCAGUACAUCUAACACGCGACCCAAUCGGGCGCUGGCGUAUAACGAGAAGGGCGCGGUGUUGUACCGUCCCGCGUGGCAGCUGAGCGACGCUGCACUCGAGCGCGCUGGACGCGGUAAACGCGCGGACAACGGACACGCGCACGCGAAUCACGAUAUACAGGAAACCUUAUAACAUACGUAACUACGGAGUUAAACAAUUAUUUUAUUUAGCUCACUGUAAGUCCUCUACAAGGAGAUCGGAGCCUAAAAUAGACAAAUAUAAGUACGCUUAUUGUGAUGUUUGAACAUUGCAGUGAUCUUAUAGACAAGCUGUUGCUCGCGAUUUCGUCCGCGUGAAAUAAAAUAUAUAGCUUUUGUUACUUAUUGAUAACAUAGCU